AUGGAGAGCGAGACCUACGAUCUCAUUGUCGUCGGCGCCGGUCUAAAUGGGCUCACUACGAGCAGAACAUACCUCGAUGUGAACCCAUUGGCGCGUGUUCUGAUAUUGGAAAGCUCUUCCACUGUUGGGGGGACUUGGGCCAAGGAUAGAUUAUACGCCGGCUUGAAGACUAACAACCUAGAGGGAGGCUACGAGUUCGCUGACUUCCCGAUGCGAGGCGAAGCCCGUUACAAUCUCAAGCAUGAUCAGCAUAUUCCAGGAACUACCAUGAAUCAGUACAUGCAAGACUUUGCGGACCAUUUUGGCCUAAGCGAACGGACUAGGCUCAAGUGCAAGGUACACACCAUCGAGCGGCUGCCAGAUGAGUCCUGGUCCGUUGGAGUGGAUGACCAAGGCAUUGAUACUCGCUUCCAUUCUCGGAAGAUCGUCCUUGCGACGGGGUUCAGUUCUAGGCCCUUCAUACCGUACUUCGAAGGCCAGGAGAGCUUUAACGCGCCAAUAUUACACGUGAAGGACCUGAGUGCAUACGACAGCUUGCCUGCAACGGCCCAGAGCGUCACCCUACUCAAUGUCACGAAGUCAGCAUAUGACGUUGCCUAUGCUUGCGCAACAAAAGGAGUCCAGGUGAACUGGAUCGUACGCAAGUCCGGGCAUGGGCCAGUCGUUACGUCGGUUGCACGGGUCACGCCCCUCAAAAAGCGCCUCGAAGACCUUACGACUGUGCGCUUCCUUUCAUGGUUCAGUCCUUGCAUUUGGAGCGAUGCCGAAGGCUCUAACUGGAUGCGCUGGUUCUUGCAACACACGAAAUUGGGCCGUAAGCUUGUCAGCGCCUUGUGGACCAUCAUCGACCGCGACGUCGUAGAACGAUCCGGCUACGACAAGCAUCCAGAGACGGCGAAGCUCAAACAUCGAUAUCCUGCCGUGUGGUACGCCUGCGCUCUCGGCAUCCUCAACUUCGAUACCGACUUCACCGAAUACGUCCGCAACGGCACCAUCAAGAUCUACGAAGACGACAUCUCUCACCUCUCAUCCGGCACCGUGCACCUCACCUCCGGCACCUCUCUCCCCAGCUCCGCCCUCGUCUGUUCCACCGGCUGGGACCACCGGCCCUCGAUCAACUUCGUGCCCGCCUCGCUCCCCACCGAACUCGGCCUCCCCAGCUCCUCUUCCCCCAUCAGCCCCGCCCUCACCGCCCGCGCCGACGCCGAGAUCCUGCGCUCCCUCCCCUGGCUGGUCGAAAACUGUCCUCCGACCUUGAACCCCAACUUCCGCCCCCUCCCCACCACCGAUCCAACAACCAAGACGCAAACCGACGACACACGCACACAACCCUACCGUCUCUACCGCUUCCUCGCUCCGCCCACCCACGUCGGCCCGCACAACCCGGACCCCACCGUCGCCUUCGUCGGCUUCACCUGGGCCGUCGGGACCUGCAUGCUCGCCCAGGUCGCCGCUCUGUGGGUCACCGCCUACCUCGGCGGCCAGCUCCCCCAGCAGCAGCCGCUCGCUCCUCCCUCCGCGCCGACAGGCAACAACGCCUCCGAUCACGCCAAAGCGGAGCAGCAGAGGCAGGAGCGCGUGCUGUACGAGACGGCGCUGCACACGCAAUUUCCCCGCUGGCGGUAUCCGCUGGGCUUCGGCCACAGGUUUCCGGAUAUGGUGUUCGACACGGUGCCGUAUGUGGAUCUACUGAUGCGGGACCUGGGGCUGGAGACCAGGAGGAAGAAAGGGUGGGGACCCGUCCGGUGGUAUCGGGAGUGGUGGGAGCAUUAUUCCGUCAAGGACUACGUGGGCGUGGUGGGGGAGUGGCUUGGGAAGGAGCGGAGGGGCGGGAGGGAGAGGAGUUGGGUGAAGCUGACGGACGGUUGA